UACAGUAAAACACGUCAACUUAAGUUAAUAAAGCACGCGUCAGGCUAGUUUCGGCGCCUAAAUUGCUGCCCUCAUACCGGCAACACUGGGGAGACGUCGCUCGAAGUCAUCGCUCGCAUGGGGUACGACUUGCAGGCAAUGAGCAAACGCGACAGCCAUCUCCAUCGCGUCGCUUGUCGCUGUCGCGAGCAAGAUCGCUUGCAUGGGGUUGAUACUUAAAGCUGCGGAAGUCGAGACCCUCGUUACGUAAGUGAAUUGCCUGGCCGUCGCAAGUACUUCUUGUGAACAUCUUGUGCAACACUACUCACAAUCCCCUUUCACAGACAGAACCUCAUUGUAAGUCUCGUCUACGACGUCAAACAACCAUCCGCGGUCGCCGGAUGCUACCGACGCUGCCAGCGCGCCGGACGCGACGCGGACCUCACGGACCAUUGGAAUAGAUAUUCCGACUACCUAUGGUAUCCGGAAAACGAAAAAUUAAAAGCCUGGCGAAAAUAGUUCAAGCGUUCUGGAUCCUUAUCUACACUCAGAACCAGGUCGCUUCUGAUGACAUCAAUAAUAAAGGUUGCGGCAUAUUUUCCGCCUCUGGAAGAAUUGUUGGUGGCCAUCUCGUACGUGGGAAGGACCAAAUACCAUGGGUUGUGCAAUUAGUUUUGCCUUCCAUGUACAACGAAACCUACAACGCCAGCCAGUUUUGUGGAGGAAGUAUCAUUUCCGCUCACUUUGUACUCACUGCGAGCCAUUGCGUUGCCAAGAGACGGAUCUCCCUUGACGAAGCCGUAAUUAUCUACAACAGCACUGAAAAACUUCGAGGCUCAAGAGUUGGCAUUGCCGCCUUAUUCAGCCAUCCUUCAUUCAUUCCUGGAAAACUUGGUCAUGACAUCGCGUUGGCAAAGACAUCCGAACCGUUUACGUUCGACAGAUUCGUAAGACCAGUUUGCUUACCAUGGAAACGAAGCAACCUUGUGGGAAGAAAGGCUUUAAUUUCUGGCUGGGGGAGAGUGUCCGCACGCGACAAGACUGGCUUGGACUUGCUUCGAAUCACCCAGACGAUACUUCCUUACAACCGUUGUAAGGAAAGCUUCAGCAAAGAAGAGCUUACCAAAAGGCUAACGCGGCACGACGUGUUGUGCGCGAGAACAAAAGGGAAAGGAAUAUGCAAGGGAGAUUCCGGCGGGCCACUCACCGUCCUCGGCAAAGACGGCAACGCGGUUCAAGUGGGCGUAGCCGCUUUCGCCUACGGCUGCGCUCAUCCGACCAAGGCGGAUUUCUACACGCGCGUCUCGACGUACGUUCCUUGGAUAAGGGAGCAGCUGGCAGCGUCUGAGGAAAGCAGCAGCUAGGAAGCCAACCCUGAGCGGAAAAGAAACACAAGAGUCAUCAUCACGUUACAAUUAAUAACGAAAUGGAAUGUGCACACGAUUUUAGUUUGUCUUUAUUCUUUUUUACUAAAUAAAUGUUACGAAAAUGUGA